AUGCAUAAAAACACUGUUUUUCUCCUUGCCGCCAAAAUUAAAUUUAGAGGGUUUUCUUCCGGCCACGUAAUCUACCUCCUAAACGACGCCAUGAGCGUCAAAGUCGAUUCAACGUACCACUUCGGAACGAUUCAACGUACCACUUCGUCGAUUCAAUCCUCCACGUUACCCACCAUCAGAACGAUGCAACAUACUAUUUCGUCGAUUCAAUCCUCCUUAUCAUCUUAUCUCCUUCAACGCCUCAACUUCUAUAUAAACCCUUAUUCUCUCCUCCCCUUUACACUGCAUUUGUUUGUUCCAAGCACACGCCAGAAUAGUCAAACGACCAUUAAAUUGGAUCAGCACAUCCAUUUGGGAGGCACUCUUGUUUCGCAGCUUCAAUUGCAACCUGUGGAUGAUUUUGAACUGACACUAGUUCUUGAUGACACAUGUCUGAACAAGAAUUCGGCUCUGACAGUUUUCAUACUUUAUAACUUGUUAUCAAAUCCUAAUGUUCAACCUGAAUUGUUUCCAUACGGUGAUUUUUUGGGAAAUCCCAUUUAUGAGUCAAGACAAGGAGAGAAUACGAGGCUACUUUCCAUUUCUACCAUGAACUACUUUAAUUGGAACAUUCUGAGUACAUUGUCUCCACCGAAGACAUCUUGA